AUGCUUUUAUUUUAUCUAAUUUUGUUCGUUUCCUCGAAAUACACCGAAGCAAUCGAUAGUCUAACGCAUCAGAUAACAAAGCUCGAACAUUUAUAUCCAUUACCAACUAAUGAUAAAAUCGAAGCUCUUGCUGCUCAGUUUGACCAAGAACCUAAUUGGGAGUAUGGAAAUAUGCGAAUGAGGCUAUCUGAUAUCGAAGAGUCAACUCCGAAUGAUCCAAGAGUGGCUGCACCUCCGAAAACUGGACCUGGUAUUAUCAAACAGGGCCAUCUCCAUUUCCCCGAAAGCUAUCAUGGAUAUCCGGUUGAUAAUGAAGGUGUUCAUGCGGAGACAAAACAUUAUAUCUUUGUUGUUCGACACGGUUUGUAUCUUAAUACGGAACAAGAUGCAUCUUCUCAUUUACUUCGUUAUGGCAAAUACCAAGCACGAAUGGCAGGUGAUAAAAUCAAUAAAACUAUCCGAGAUAUCAUUGCAAAAUCAGGUCCUUUAACACGACCCAUUAAAUUAGUAUCGAGUACUCAAACACGUGCAUUUGAAACUCUCUAUAACAUUCGUCUGCAGCUUGGUAAUGAUUUCGAAUAUGAACCCGAAAUUAUUCAAGAUACUGGUAUCACUGAAUGCGUUGAUGUAAGGCGAGUACGUCUUCGUUGGAUGUAUUUCGUCAGUGAAUACCUACAGCCAGUCAAAUCUGAUCGUCCUGAAACUACAAUCACAAUAGUUGCUAGUCAUGGCAAUCUCCUAACAAGUUUCGAUUAUAUUAUUCAUAACUUUGUUCAUGAAGGGCAUCCGCCUCACACGUUUGGUCAAUUCCAAUUUCCAGUAUCGACUGGACUAACACACGGAGAAACUUUACUCUAUCUCAUUACGGGCAAUGAGCUAAUUCAACGUAUCGCUUUUUUUCAACAAAACGAAAUUCCUAUCACGAUCAAUCAUGCUCAGCUAGGCAGAGAUUACUAUUAUCAAUGGGCUGCUUUGUUUCAAUGUAAAAUCCAACAUGCGAUCGAUAAUAUCAACGGAUACGUACAAGUAGCAAUAUUAAAACAUGUCUUUAGUAUCGAACAUUUUCCAAACACAAUCAAAAAUUAUGUUAACAUUGUUGGCCAGGAAAUGGUAGACGAAUAUGAAACACAUCUCUUACCUAUGCUAAUGAAUACUUGUCGAACCUAUCUUUAUCAUUUAUCGAUGAUGCAAACCAAUACUGACUUUGGAUCGUUCAGUCGUUUAGUGCCGCCAGUAAAGAUUCCUGAAAGUGCAGAAGAGUUACGUACACCCAUCGAUUUACCGACGGAUCGAUUCAGUGCAUAUGCAUUACCAUUUACAGUCGAUAAUACGAUUCUGGCAUUUAAGAAACGAGAUCUACGGAAUGAUGCGCGUGUUUUACCAAUACGAAUAAUCAAUGGUCCAGAAAUGGCGUCCGCGGAGUCGUGCUUUCAUGUUCGAAGUCUGCUGUUAUCCGUGGAUUACAACGUAACUGAACAAGUGACUGACAUUGGUAUUGAAUUCAACUAUUUUCAAAGAAGCGGAACAUUCGAUUUUUUUGAAUACCAGCGCAUGCAAGCUCAUUAUAUGUUCGAUCGAUACUUUCGUGCUACUCGAGUCGAACCAGAACGGCCUUCGUUUGAAGUUUACAUUUUUUGCGGAGAUGGACGGUACUUUUCAGGAUUUCGUCAUGAAUUAACAGACCAACGAAUACUCAGUGUAGCCGCACUACACGUGCCAAGGUACACGGGAAUUAAUGAUGCCGGAUUAGAACACGCUAGUGCAUUAUUUUUCGAAGUACUCGGUUCUGAUUCGAUAACCUUACAUGAUAUAUUAACAGUACAGAAAGCAAGAGGUAUUAGCGAACAUCAGAGGAUGGUCACAAAAGCAUCUAUAGGAUUAUCAUUAAAUGAUGUCAAUACUUGGGUAAAUGAUAAAAAUGGACCCUGUUCACUAAAAUAUUUGAUUGACAACAUGGCUGACGUAUCUCUACAAUUGACGGCAGGAUCUACUGUAGCUCAAGAGAGAGUUGCUGCUGUAUUGCAAGACGAAUGGAAUCCAUAUCUUGCUGGAAUGCUCAUUUAUACAUGUCGUCUUAAGCUCAAUGUACUAGAUAUACCUGCAUUACCAUCAGCGUCGAAUACAAAUGAUGAAAACGCGACAGCAAAUCAAUGUAAAAAGGAAGAUGGUAAUGGCGCAGCGGCAGGUCCUUCGGGUGAUUGUGUUUGA